AUGCUUCCUACUCCAGAUAUAAAAGAUUUAGAUUUCAAUGUGUAUGAACCAUCAGAGGAUUCGUUUCUACUAUUGGACUGUUUUGAACAGGAGAUUAAGUUUCUAAAGUCAUAUUUCCAACAGAAAUCUCCAAUUAUAAUAGAAGUUGGGACGGGAUCAGGUAUAGUAACCAGUUUCAUUAUGUCAAAUAUCUUACCUGAAUCGAUAUUUUUGACUACAGAUGUUAAUCCUCAUGCUAUAACCACUUGUAGAAAGACCGUUGAAUAUAAUAACUCCCAAUUUUCUGGUUGUUUUGAUGCGUUACAGAUGAGUUUAACCACAGGUGUAAGAAAGGGAUUAGUAGAUAUAUUGGUGUUCAACCCUCCUUAUGUUCCAGCUGAAGAUGUUCCUGAGAUACCUGACUCUGAGAGGUCAGACACAUGGUUAGAUUUGGCGUUGUUAGGAGGCUCCGAUGGUAUGGUGGUCACAUGGGAAUUAUUAAACGAUUUAGAUACUACACUAAGUGAAAAAGGUAUUGCAUAUAUAUUGUUUUGUGCUAGAAACAAACCUUUAGAAGUUCAGAAAAUAAUGGAAUCAAGAGGAUGGAAAGUAGAUGUAGUAAUAAGUAGAAAAGCCGGUUGGGAAGUCUUGAGUAUUUUGAAAUUUUAUAGAUAA